UAAGACAGAUAAGUGAAGAAGGAAGUAAUGUUGUUGUCGUCCGGGAGCCAUGUUAGAUUUACAGGCUUUCACCUGAGCUAGUGGCUCUAACAUCAGUGAUGGACCCCCGAUAUUGUGCUCAAGACAUCAUUAGAUGUGACCUCUGUGAGAGAAAUGUUGUUCAAAGUCAUUGCGAGCUUUGUCAUGUCAACCUGUGUAAGGCCUGUGUAGGAGAGCAUCUCUCUGAUUCGACCAAAAGACAUAGAGUUGUACCAUAUAAAGAAAAAAUUUCAACUCCUAACAAUCCAAAAUGUCCAAAGCAUUCCAAGAAUUGCGAACUUUACUGUGAACAAUGUGACAUUCCUGUCUGUUCUACCUGCAUCUCCUCAGGUAACCAUAGGGGACAUCAUUUAUCAGAUGUUUUACAAAAACUCAGCUCCAAAUCAAAAGACAUCGAAGAAGAAUUAAAAGAACUCGAGACUAAAAUUUACCCAAAAUAUGAAGAAAUUGCAUCAGAAAUAAAAGCCAAGAAAGAGAGCUUGGAACCACACUACAGGAAACUGACAACAGCUGUCACCAAACAAGGAGAAGACUGGCACAGAGAAAUAAAUGUCAUUGUCAACAAAAAGAAAUCUGAAAUUGAUGAGAUGAAAUCUAAACACCUGGCUGCUCUAAAUAAACAGGAAAAUGAAAUCAAACAGAUUACUGCAGAAGUGGAUCAAUGCAUAGUUGAUAUGAAGAAAAUACUGGACUCCAAUGAUGUCUCCCUAACCUCUGGGUACAAAUCCAGGAAUACUGAAUUCAGAAGUUUACCUCCUAAAGUCAAUGUUUCAUUACCAGCUUUUUCUCCUCAUCAGAUCAACACAGAACAGCUCGCACAAAUGUUUGGUUCUCUUUCAGCAUUAUCCAUUAAAACAGAAGAACAUGGCUACACAAUGAAGACACUAGAAGAUAUAUCCUCCCCUCCAGUAAAACCACUGCUUGAUGAACCAAAACUCAUCACCACCAUAGACACUGGGCGUAAAAAACUAUGCAGUGUUACCUGUCUCAGUGAUGAAGAAAUCUGGACAUGUGGAGGAGACAAAAUCAUGAAACUCAUUAACCUUCAGGGUAAACUACUGAAAUCAAUCCAAACCAAGUCUGGGUACAUACCACAUAACAUAGCAGUGACAAGGAGUGGAGAUCUAGUUUAUUCUGAUGAUGAUACAAGAACUGUAAACAUAGUGAAGAAUAAACAGAUACAGGAACUGAUCAGACUACAGGGGUGGAUACCAUACUGUGUCUGUAGUACCUCCUCUGGUGACCUCCUUAUUACCAUGUACAGUGAUGAUGAUAAACAAUCCAAAGUUGUCCGUUACUCUGGCUCCACAGAAACACAAACCAUUCAGUUUGAUAGUAAAGGUAAACCUCUGUAUUCAUCUAGUAACUAUGCUAAAUACAUCAGUGAGAACAGAAACCUGGAUAUCUGUGUGGCUGACAAUGGAGCCCAUGCAGUAGUGGUGGUUAAUCAGGCAGGAAAAUUUCGAUUUAGAUACACUGUUUAUUCCUCUACUAAUAAAAGAUCAUUUGAUCCACUCGGCAUCACAACAGACAGCCAGAGUCAGAUCCUGACAGCAGACAGUUACAACAACUGUAUCCACAUCCUAAAUCAGGAUGGACAGUUCCUCCGUUACAUUGAUAACUGUGAUCUAUACUUUCCAUUUGGUUUAUGUGUGGACACCAAAGACAACCUCUUUGUGGCUGAAUGUGAAAGGGGUAAAUUAAAGAAAAUCAGAUACAUGUAAACACUGCAUUAUUUAAAGAAAAGACUGUGAAUUAGAUUAGUCCAUUAUUUAUACACUGAAUUGACCACGGAUUUUUUCCGUUAUUUCCUGAUUAUGACAACGAGCACAUGGCGGGUGUGACCGGUCGGCAGGGGAUGCUCACUCCUCCAUGGCACCUGAUCCCACCUCUGAUGUUUCGGAGGUCCGUGUUUGCUCUGCUCUUAUUUUGUAUAUCUGUUUAAUGGACGUUGAGAUUGAAUACUGUUCGUUAUUUCCAUAUCCUUCCAUUAAGUUAUGCACUGAGAGUUAAAAGUUGUCUGACUUAUCAUCAGAUCUAAUUAUAAGUAGUAUAUGCACCUUAUACAAUGUUCUGAAUUUCUGUUGAUUUUAUGAAGAAACCUAGUUACAGACCUGCCUACCCUUUUCAUUGCACGGGUGUAAUUUCAGUACAUUUUUUGCGGAAUUUCAGAUGUAAAAGCAUAAUCAUGUUUUCCUAUUUCUUUGGUGUUGCUGUUACAGUUAAUUCUCGAUAAACCGCCACCUUUUGUAAUUUAGAAAUCAUGGUGGUAUAACAAAUUUGGCGAUGAAUUGAAUUUCCCAUUUUUAGGAAAUAGGAAGUAGAGUUACCGUUCUUAGAAAUACCAUUUAGUGUUUCUAUUCUUAAUAUCACAUGUAUAUGUAUAUAAAACAUUUCUAAAUUUAAAAAUA